AUGGGGAGAGCUCUGACUUCCGCUCGACAUUCUCGCCAGGAGAGCGCCACACGCCGAGGAAGCCGCCGGAACGCAAAGGUAUAAACCCAAUCUUCAUAGUGAAUCUUUAGGCGCAGGCCCUAACUGAGCUUUCAUAUCGAAAUUGAUUCUUGCAAGAUUAUCAUAUCUUCGACUGGAGCUAGAAGUUCUCAAAUAGUCAAGAACACUCAAGUAUUUUCUAUAGAAAUGACACAAGACCAAGGUCGGGCUCAAUUAAAAAAAUUGAUAGUUCUCGUGUCAAAGAAAUGCUAGUUUGAAAAAUAUAUAUUUCGGAAUGAAGCUUCAGGUAUAAGACUAUCAGGAAGAUUCCUUAAAAGUAAAUUAAGCGAGCUUAUAGAAGAUUCCUAAUUCUGACUAGGGAACUACUCGGACUCGGGUACGCGUUUCGAGUUGAAACUUUGGUGGCUUAUAGACCCGGGUAAGAGUACUUGGGAACGAGAGAGAUUAUCUAGACCCUUUAGGAUUCUGAGAAAAAGCUUUUUGAAAAUGAACAGUUUAGACUUGAAAAUUAUCGAAUUUUUGCCUUUCUCCUUCUUUUGGGUGGAAAAAAAAAAGUUUUUUAGAGUUUAUCAUAGCCGGAUCACUCAAGGCAAUUGUAUUAAAAUAUAAAAUUGCAGUAUUUUGAAAAUUAUCAGGCCUGAUUUUCACAUUUUCUACUAUUUUUUUCUCAGUUCUCCAUCGGGGUUAGCAGCUAUUCUCUCUUGUUUUCAAGUACUCGUACUAGAUCUUUAAACCACUAAAGUUUGAACUCGAUCCGCGAUCACGAGUUCGCGUAGUUCCCUAGUGAGAGAAAAUUUGUGGCGUCCAACAAUUUUUUGUAUUAAACAUGAACGUUCAGAGAAUUGCGAGACUUCGUUCAUUGAUGGAAAAAAUGGAUGAUAUUCGAAAGGAGAAAGCAGGAAGACGAACAAGGUUUUUUCUAAUUGAAUCAAUUCAAUCUAAAGCGAAUUUUUCAGGGAACCGAAUUCCUCGACGAAACACCCAGGAGGUAAAAGAAAUACUGUUUGCAUUCUUGAUCCUAUUAAAUAUACGGACUUUAGAACUGACAAUAAAUAGGCUUACCAGGGAACGUUUUUUACCCCCCGGCUAAACUUUUGCUGAAACUUUGCUAAAGUGUACUUUAGGACCCUCUGAUUGCAGAUCAAGAAAAAAAAUUUCUCGCAAUAGAUCUUGUUUCCGAGUUAUGGAGCUUCAAAGUGUGCGAAAUACGCAAAUUAAGCCAAAAAAGCGCUAUUUCGGGCUUUUGAAGUGUCCUAACUCGAAAACGAGGACUAUUGCGAGAAAUUUUCUUUCUGUUCUGGAAUUCAGGGGGUCCUAAAGUACACUUCAGCAAAGUUUCAGCAAAAGUUCAACCGGGGGGUAAAAAACGUUCCCUAGUUAGUAAAACUAACGAAUAACUUUCAGCGAACAGAAAAAGCGCCAAUGAAAAGAAGAACCCAACCAAUGAUUCGCCGAUUCGAAACCGCCCGGUCAGUUUCAGUUUUUUCCAGGACCAGUAUGAAGACUUGUUUUCAGGAUAUCGUCUACACUGACCACAUUCAGUUCGUCUUCCACUCCAUCUACAAUUAUUAUUUUUUAUCAUAA